UUGGAUUUGGGUUGGCCAGGGUGGGCCCUUUCAGCCUGUGUGUGUGUGUGUGCAGGGUGACAGCAUUGACUCUCCGUCCUGUGAAUUCCAGCUGCAAGUAAAAAUCCCCCCAAGAGUGGAGCACCCCUUCCCUGAGAUGUGUUGGGAUAGGAUGGAAAAGGUCACUGUCUGCUGUAGAAGACUGUAACACACCACCAGCUCAUCACCAUCCGGCACAGGGUCGCUGCUCUAUACCAUCUCCUCUUGUAUUGUCCUUUGUGUCAUCAGUUCAUUAAUAAAGGUGUUGGGUGCUCAUUAUGGAAAUGGACAACUUGGGGGAAGGCGAAGACUCAUAUAUCUUGAACGGGAGCGUGCCCGAAAGCCUGAACACAGACAGAGUGACGCUGGACGACGGAUAUGAGGCGGAGGAGCAAGUCGGGCUGGAGCAGGUGGGCUUCCUGCAACAUGUGUCAAGUCAGAAAAGCCAGUUCACUGAUUUUGACGGAAAGACGUCUUUUGGGAUGUCCGUGUUUAACCUGAGCAAUGCCAUCAUGGGCAGUGGAAUCCUGGGCCUUGCCUUUGCUAUGUCUAACACAGGGAUCAUUCUGUUCAUUAUCCUUCUGAUACUCAUUGCUCUCUUGUCUGCUUACUCCAUCCACCUCCUCCUCAAGUGUUCUGGGGUUGUAGGUAUACGUGCCUAUGAACAGCUGGGACAUAGAGCCUUUGGGCAGCCGGGAAAAAUUCUAGCAGCGCUGAUCAUCACCAUUCAUAACGUGGGCGCAAUGUCCAGUUAUUUAUACAUCAUCAAGAACGAGCUUCCCCUCGUGAUUCAAGCCUUCUUGGGCCUGAAUGAACCAACUGAGGACUGGUAUUUAAAUGGUAAAGUGCUCAUCAUCAUUGUCACCAUCUUCAUCAUUUUGCCUCUGGCACUCAUGAAACACUUGGGUUAUCUGGGUUACACAAGCGGCUUCUCCCUUUGCUGUAUGGUGUUCUUCCUGUGUGCGGUGAUCUACAAGAAAACUGUGAUCUCAUGUCCUCUGAAAGUAAACCAUACAGAGCACGUGGUCUACACUAAUGGCUACAACACAACAGGGGACGGCUGCACGGCUAAAUCCUUCACUAUAAACUCUCAGACGGCGUACGCCAUCCCCAUCAUUGCAUUCGCCUUUGUGUGCCAUCCUGAGGUACUACCCAUAUACACCGAGCUGCGCAGAGCCACCAAGAAACGGAUGCAGAACGUAGCGAACAUCUCCAUCCUUGCCAUGUUUGUCAUGUACCUGCUGACCGCCCUGUUCGGCUACCUAACUUUCUAUGGUGAAGUGGACUCGGACAUGCUACACACGUAUAACAAAGUGGACCCUCUGGACACACUUGUGCUUUGUGUACGUCUGGCGGUGUUGGUGGCCGUUACAUUGACUGUACCGGUUGUUCUGUUUCCGAUCCGCAGAGCCAUCCAGCAGCUGCUCUGCCCCGAACAGGACUUUCGCUGGUGGAGGCACGUCCUUAUCGCUGUGUGUUUGCUGACAAUCGUCAACCUUCUCGUCAUCUUUAUCCCUAAUAUCAAGGAUAUUUUUGGCGUUAUUGGAUCCACUUCGGCCCCAAGUCUGAUUUUCAUCCUGCCGAGUAUUUUCUACUUGAGAAUUGUUCCCAGAGAGAAGGAGCCUCUGUCAUCAUGUCCAAAGAUUAUGGCUUCCCUCUUUGCCUCUGCGGGUUUCGUGUUCAUGAUAACGAGUAUGAGCCUGAUGAUCGCGGAUUGGGUGACGAUAGGAAAAAGUAACGUGGGGGGGCACUAGCCUGCCCUUGGCUCCCUCUCCCGUGGUUAAGGACUAUAGGCCAGCCCUCCCGAACCCUGUGCACAACACAAAGGACAUUCGCUGCUGACACAGGUGUUUUCAGGAGUAACUGACCGAGGGGAGAGUGGGGCUUCCAAUCAGCACCGGACAAGAUGUUCUAAGCCAUAAGUGCCCACCCGAAACUGUACCACACCCCUCCAGCUGCUGCAAGGCCUCAGUACAAUCACUUGACACGUUUGUUUCAGGGUUCCUCUUUAGCUUGGUCAUUGGAGGCUAUUUUAUUUUGUGAUCAGUCGUCUUCUCUCAUGUCAGGUGUCUCGUCCUUGAAUUCUACCCAAAUGUCAAUGGAUCACAGUGUAUCUACCUCGCCGCCCCAUGCUCGGCAGGGGUAUCAGUGUGUUGCACUCAGGGGGUUAGGUAAUCUCUCUAAGAGGACACUGCAGCGUUACAAUGUGCCAUGUUGCCCUGUAUGGAGAGCAUCUCUACAGGUUACAACUGGCCAUCUUCUCUAUGUAGCUUAGCGGUGUCACCCUUAAAGCAUGAGUUUAAAAUAGGGCCCCCAUCCACAGUUGCACACGUCAUUUUCUUAAGACGCCCUAUACCAUGAAUGAUAACUGUUACAUGGCUGCAGUCAUACUCGCCUGGUUCCAGUUUCUUAAGACGCCCUAUACCUACGAUUAGAGAGGAGCAAAUUUCCUAUUUUGAAAUUCGUUCACGCUUCGUUUGCUGCUAUAAGCAGAACUGCGUUAUGGAUUCCGUUACCACGGACCAUAACGCAAUUCUAUGACGGAAUGCAUAACGUUAUUCAUUC